ACGGUUCAUGUCCUUGGAGUUUGGGUUUCAAGUCUCUCUCUCUCACACACAAACACACACAGAGAAGGUCUGUGUUCUUGAAGAGGGAGGGAUUGAAAAUGGGCAUCCGAUUUAUACUGAUGGUGAACAAGCAAGGUCAAACCCGUCUUGCUCAGUAUUAUGAAUACCUAACUAUUGAAGAAAGACGAGCCCUUGAAGGGGAAAUUGUACGCAAAUGUCUCGCCCGCACCGAACAACAGUGUUCCUUUGUUGAGCAUCGGAAUUACAAAAUUGUGUACAGGCGCUACGCUUCUUUGUUUUUCUUGGUUGGAGUGGACAACGAUGAAAAUGAACUUGCAAUUCUGGAGUUCAUACACUUGUUAGUCGAAACUAUGGAUCGCCAUUUUGGCAAUGUGUGUGAGCUAGAUAUUAUGUUUCACUUGGAGAAAGCACAUUUCAUGCUGGAGGAAAUGGUAAUGAAUGGUUGUAUCGUUGAGACAAGCAAAGCCAACAUUCUGUCUCCAAUUCAGCUGAUGGAAAAGUCAUCUUGAUCCAUUCGCUUGUUCGGUUCGCCCCUAUAUCUCGUUAUUUUGUAUUUUUCGCUUCAAUAUGUUCAGACUGUUUUUUUUUCUCUUUUUUUUACAUGUCUCCUAAUUCUGUAUUCAAUUAAGAUCAUGCACAUAUGGUGAUUUUGCAUUUAUUUAUAGUAAUUGUUGGGAAAUACUCAGAUGAUUUCCCAUUUAUUCA